AUGACACUUCCAUCAGCGAGUGAACAAACGAACGAUAUAAAACGUUUAGUGGAAAAUGAAAAAAUAAUCCUAAAAAAAAUAUUCGUGACAAAUAUUUAUGAUAACACUCAGCCAUCACAGUUACCCACAACUGUUUUAUCAUUUAUGUUCAUUGACCAUAUUGAACAAUUGAAUGAAAAGGAACAAAUUAUGAAUAUGCAUUGCAGCAUUCUAUUUCACUGGAAAGAUAAUCGAAUCGUUUGGGAACCAAAGGAUUAUGGAAAUGUUCGUAAAAUUUCGCGUAUGAAAGGUGAAUUACCAGCAAUGAGACUAAGAAGUGAUCAAGCGAUGCAGUAUUAUAAUACGGAUGUCACAUUGAAAUUUUCUCGAUGGAGCUCACUUACUCAACGAAAUGAUAUUUUUGGAAGUACGGUUCCUGCAAAGCAAAAUAUACGUUCCGGAGAAUUCAUUGUCGUUAAUUCGUCUGUUCAACCACUUUAUAUUUUACCUUUUGGUCGAAUAACUGCAAACGAAUCACUAGAUAAACCUGAAGUUAUGCGAUCAAUUCUCCGUUUUGAAAUUAAUUUUCAACGAAAAAUUUCGUAUUAUAUCUUAACUGUUGCACUGCCAUUAUUCUGUAUCACAACAGUAUCCUAUAUGGUUUCAACAAUAAAAAUUGCUAAAUUAUCGAUAAUUUGGUUAUUGUUAUGCCUUAUUUUGCAAAUUAUUAUUUAUACUCAAAUUAUUAAUCGAAUACCUCCAAAUCAAUUACAUUCGCCACUCUGUGGUAAUUUACUUUUUCGCCAUUAUUGCUAA